AUGAAUGAGCUCGCUUCGGUCCUGAAAAAUUUUGUGGAAGUCGCUUCAGCUAUUGUUCCCGAGAAGCUGAACGUAUUCGGAACAUUUCUAUUUCGCUUUCUGGAACGUUGCCUGCAGUUUUUGGCCAUUGCCUUGUUCCCAGCCGCCGUUAUCGUUUUACCGGUAGUCGGUUUUUUAUGUGUCGCGAUUUUGUUUUGCUGUAGGUGGAGUUGGUGGCUGGCAGUGCUGUACUUAACUUGGUUUUGGUACGACUUUCGGACGCCGCAGAAUGGAUCACGCUUGUGGAUGUACUGGCGCAAAAGGAGUGCCUUCAAGUACAUGGCCGAUUACUUUCCGAUCAAGCUUAUAAAAACGGCCGAACUGGACCCGGAACGCAAGUAUAUUUUUGGCUGUCAUCCUCAUGGCAUCAUGAGUUUCAGCACCGUGCUGAACUUUGCCACCGAGGCGACGCACUUCAGCGACAAAUUUCCUGGAAUUACUACAUAUCCAUGCACGUUGGCGGCCAACUUUUGCUUCCCUAUUCGCAGGGAGGACCUCGAGCUGUGUGGUAUCAUCGAAGUCAGUAAGAAUAGUAUCGAACACGUGCUCACCCGACCGACUAAGGGUGAUGCUGUGGUGAUCGUGGUAGGCGGUGCCGAAGAGGCACUAGCUUGGUUAGUUCCAGUGUACUCUUUCGGCGAAAACGAAGUUUAUCAUCAAAUAAACAACCCGGAAGGUUCAAGACUGCGAAACUUCCAGGUGAUUGUUUUCGCGUUCGCUCUUGCCGCUAGGAUGAACUUUGAAUUGCAGGAACGUUUCAAAACUAUAUUCCGAUUUUCACCGCCGAUAUUUUUUGGUCGCUGGACUACCGGUUUCUUUAUGCCCCUGCGCAGACCAAUUACAACUGUAGGAACACCGAUCCCGGUAAAAAAGUGCGACGAACCAUCACGCGAUGCAAUCAAUGCGCUUCACGCGCGGUACAUACAAGAAUUGACGACGCUGUUCGACACAUACAAGUGCCAGUUUGGUUUCAAGCCGGAAGACCAGCUCAACAUUCGCUAG